AUGUACGUCUUGCCGGCACAGUACACACAGACGUUUCAGGAUAUCAAGCGGACAUCGCUAUCUCAUUCCACAUGCAAGCUUGUGAUAUUUGUAUCAUGUCUAAACAUUGACUCUCUAUGUUCCGCCAAGAUUCUUAGUUUAUUAUUCAAGAAGGAACUUAUUCAAUACCAGUUGAUCCCCGUGGUAGGGUAUGCUGAUUUGAAGGCACAUUACUUAAAACUUGACGAUGAUGUGUCUAACAUAUUAUUGCUUGGCUGUGGUGCCCUGAUGGAUUUAGAAGCCUUUUUUGAAGUUGAUAUCAAUGAAUUUAUUGUAGAAUUACCACAUGUUGAUGGGGAAGCUGAGUCAAAGAUAGAAUUGAGGAGGAAAAUCUACGUUAUAGAUGGACAUAGACCUUGGAACUUGGAGAACUUAUUUGCCUCAUCUAUGGUUGUUUGCUUUGAUGAUGGUUAUGUAGAAGCUAAUAUGAAAGAAGAACGUGCAGCCUAUAUGAAAUUGGCAGAAGUUGAUGAGGAUGAAGAAGAUGAAGAUAGUGAAGAUGAUAGUGAUAUAGAGGAAGAUGAAGAUGACGAUGACGAUGAUGAUAAUGAUGCUCUGCAAGAUGAAGAAACAACUUUAGUUAAUUCAGAUUCAGAUUCAUCUUCACGUAAAAGAAAAAGAGAAGAGAAACAAUUAAAGAAACUUAAGAAACAAAGAAGGAAAGAGCUAAAUCAAUAUGAAACUGUGAUAGAUACAUAUUACAAUCAGGGAAGUACUGUUUUUACAUCAUCCACUGCAAUCAUCUAUUCUUUGCUCUCAUUAAUUGGUGAAACCAGUAUAGAAAACUUAUGGCUUGCAAUUAUAGGAACAUCUUCGUUAGAUGGACAUUAUCCACAAGUAUAUGACAAGAUCCAACCUCUCUUCAAAGAUGAAGUGAUUAGAUUGAAUCCUUCUUCGGAAGAUCAUACCAAUAAGACAGCAGAUACCACCACGUUGAGUAUUGAUAAAGAUUAUCAUUUGUUUCUUCUCCGCCAUUGGACGUUAUAUGACUCGUUUUUCUAUUCAAGUCAUGUCAAUUCCAAACUCAAUUUAUGGACGGAAGAUGGUAAGAAAAAAUUACAUAAAUUAUUUGCUAAAAUGGGUGUUUCUCUAGCGGUUGCUCAACAGAAAUGGUUGUACGUAGAUAUUGGAAUUAAAAAGCAACUCCCACUGAUUUUUAACAAAUAUCUCCCAUUAUAUGGGUUGGAAGGAGUAGUUCGAGAAGGGUUCAUUCGAACAUUUGGGUUUUCUGGUCAAUUAUCUGCAAUGGAAUGUGUUGAGUCGUUAACCGCAUUAUUAGAAUCAGAUAAACGAUUAUUGAAUAAUAAUAAUCAACAAACAAAUGAUAAUUCAGCUACAGAUGCUCAGAUAAGUUCACUUAUAGAAAAAAAGGAAAAAAUAUGGGUAAAUAAUUUCUGGUCAUCAUGGGAUGCGCUUAAUUUAACUACUGCUACUGGGGGUGCAUCUAAAUCGGUACAAAUAUUAAGGAAACCUAAAGGGUUGGAACUUAUUCAACAGGGGCUCAAACAUGCCAAAGAUAUCCAACAAAUUAUUUUCAGAACUGGAAUGUCGUUACUUGAACGUAAACUUAUUAAGAAUUUACGAUUAUAUCGAUUAUGUGUACUUAACGAUGGUACAAUUCCUGAUUUAAAUAUUUUCAAUAACCCAUUAAUUUUAUCCAAAUUAGGUGGUUGGUUACUUGAAAAUAUUGCCGAGAUUGAAUUUUCAAAUACUAACAACGGUUCAUUGAAACCACUCGUUGUUGCAAGUCUUGAUGUUACUGUAGAUACUUACUUGGUUAUCGGGCUUGCUCCAAAGUAUCCACGAGGUAUGAAUAAUACCACCAAAUCAAAGAUUCAUCAUAAAGAUAAUAAUGGAAAAGAAGUUGAAUCUCUCACCACUAGAUUGAAUACUUUUAGCGUAGCGUUCAGACAGGUUUCAAACGAAUCAGGCGCAAAGGUCCGAAUGGAGAGUUUUGACAGUUCAGUAAUAGAAAUCCGGAAAGAUGAUUUGCCUCCAUUUUUGGAGCGUCUUACCCUAAGUGGUUUGGUUUAA